ACUUGGUUAGGAAAACCGGUAUCCCCUGGCUCUCUCAGAGGGUUUCUGUUAAGGUUUUUGACACUGAACGAUUUCUCCUUCCUUCGCCGCCUACGUUCUCCUUUGCAUCUGUAAUCCGUUGACGUUCCUUAGUCCCAACAUAGAUAUGAUCCUUAGUUAAUGGCGAUUUCCGAAUCCACCCCUGACUCAACGCUCAGAAUCCAAGCUGGAGAUGAAUGGCAAAAGCUUCUUCUAUUCGCCAAUUCGUCACAUCCAGAUCUAACGCCAACUCCCCCGUUCUCGGUCUUCUUAAAAGUUUCAAACUUCUCAACGAAUCAAGCUCCAUUGAACACCUCUUCCAAGUCCACGCGAGGCUCAUCACCUCCGGUAACUUCUGGGAUUCCUCUUGGGCCAUCAGAUUGUUGAAGUCUUCUUCGCGUUUCGGUGACGCUAGCUACACCGUUUCGAUAUUCCGCAGCAUUGGGAAGCUCUACAACGCGAAUACUGUGUUUAAGACGUACUGGGUCUCUUCCACUCCUCAUAAAGCAUUGAGCUUUUACUUUGAUGUACUGAGAUGUGGGUUUGUUCCUGACUCCUACACCUUCGUCUCCUUGUUUAGCUGUAUCGGGAAGAUUGAUUCCGGCAAAAUGUGUCACGGGCAGGCUAUUAAGCAUGGAUGCGAUCAAGUUUUGGCCGUUCAGAACUCGUUAAUGAAUAUGUAUACUUGUUGCGGUGCCUUGGAUCUUGCGAAGAAGGUGUUUGUUGAAAUACCCAAGCGAGAUAUUGUGUCUUGGAACUCGUUGAUGUCUGGGUUGGUGAGACGGGGUGAUGUGUGCUCUGCUCGCAAGCUGUUCGAUGAAAUGCCUGAGAGAAAUUUGGUUUCUUGGAAUAUCAUGAUCGAUGCUUAUUUGGGUGCUAACAACCCUGGUGUUUCGAUUAGUUUGUUCCGUGAGAUGGUGGGAGAAGGAGACGAGAGUACUUUGGUUUUGUUACUGAAAGCUUGUGGAAGAUCAGCUAGACUUAAGGAAGGUAGGUCGGUUCAUGCUUCUUUGAUAAGAACGAUGGUGAAUUCGAACGUGGUCGUUGAUACAGCUCUUGUUGACAUGUAUGGAAAGUGCAAGGAAGUAGAGUUAGCACGUAGGAUAUUCCACAGUGUAUCCCGUAGGAACAGAGUUACGUGGAAUGUGAUGAUAUUGGCACAUAGUCUUCACGGGAAUCCUGAAGAUGGGUUUGAAUUGUUUGAAGCCAUGAUCAGUGGUGAUCUCAUUCCCGAUGAAGUAACGUUUGUUGGUGUUCUCUGCGGUUCUGCUAGAUCCGGACUUCUUUCACAGGGAAAAAGGUACUACGCCCUGAUGGUUGAAGAGUUCCAGAUCAAACCCAACUUUGGACACCUAUGGUGCAUGGCUAAUCUUUACUCCAGCGCUGGGUUCCCUGAAGAAGCAGAGGGGAUUCUGAAGAACUUGCCAGAGGAAGAUGUGACGCCAGAAUCUACAAAAUGGGCUAACUUGCUCAGCUCUACACGUUUCACAGGAAACCCGGCCCUUGGGGAAAGCAUUGCCAAGUCACUGAUAGAAAAAGAUCCUCUGAACUACAAGUAUUACCAUUUGUUGAUGAACGUUUACAGUGUUGCGGGGCGGUGGGAGGAUGUUGAUAGAGUGAGAGAGAUAGUGAAGGAGAGGAAAAUUGGACGAGUACCUGGGUGUGGCCUAGUGGACUUGAAAGAGAUUGUCCAUGACCUGAGACUAGGAUGCGAAGAGGUAGACAAGGUGGUUACUGAGACUAGUGUAGACGAAAAUGUGACAGUCAUGUACUGACAUGAUAAGCUAAUCCCAAGUCUAAUCCCAAGUCAAAGCAUACGGUUGCUCCUUUGCCAGAUCCAGGCUUCAUAAUUGGAGGUUGUCAGGAAUGCGCAUGAAUUGCUGUUUUUGCAGACAAGAGUAGAAUAGAAACAAGAGAAAUAAAGGUCGCUUGAUUAUAUUUGAUCCUAUUUUAUUUUUUGUUCCUUUUUGGGGUCAGAUAAUCCCAAUUCCCAGAAGCUCUUUAUAACACAAAUCAAUGUAUGGGAGGGCAUGUGAGGAGGUAAAGAGUGAUGUGAAUUCAAAUGAGAAAAUUGAAAAUUUUAUCAACUUUUGAAUAAGUGAAUGUUACUAAAUUUUGAUGGUAUA